AUGGACCAGCCACAGGAAUCCAUCUACGUCUGUAUCAAACAGUUCAAAGCACGUUUGGGCGAUGAGUUGUCACUUCGUGUGGGCGACAGAAUUGAGAUUUUAGCUGACGACUCGGAAUAUAACGAUGGCUGGUAUAUGGGCCGCAACGCCGAAUCCAAAGCCGUCGGUCUUUUCCCCAAGUCUUUCACAAAGGCCGAAGUCCCCCUCGAUCCAAGCCAACCAUCCCUUUUACGAUCUCGUUCUCGCCGUGUGCUUACUGGAAGCAGUGCCGCGUCAGCAUAUAGUGCUUCAAAAGUGCCCUCUGUGCCUGCUCCUACUGAGCCUCCAAAUGAUAAACAAGAUACAAUCAGUGAAUUGGACAAGGCUCUACAAGAACUCCUGACAUCCUCGCUAGACCCACUUCUGUACCACAAAAAGGGCUCGCCUGUGUCUCAUGUACGCACCGCAAGCAAUCUGUCCAUGACGCAAGACCUUAACCCUCUCAAGGUGAGCAGCUGGACGCCAAAGCAAGUAUCUUCCUACUUUGCCAUUGUGCUUGGCUUUGAUAUGAGUAUAGCUGGAAAGUUUGCGCGCCAUAAGAUCACAGGGCAGAUUCUCUUGCAGCUUGACUUGGCGCACUUGAAAGAGUUGGAAAUCAUUUCUUUUGGUACUCGUUUCGACAUAUUCAAAGAGAUUGAAAAAUUGAAGGAGAUCUCAUCGCGAGUAAACUCCCUGUCCCAUAAACUCGCUUCCGGAGAGCUUCAAGAGUCUCAUGUGUCCACGCGUCAUAUUGAUGAUGCCGUCAAAUCUCAUCAACGCACUAGAUCCCAUUCUUUGGAUAACCUUACAUUUGAUGAAGUCCUUCAUAGUCCAAACACCACAACAUUUUUGACCCCAAGAAAAGCGCCCAGACCUCCUUCUCAAAGCCCAAUGGACUCUAGCUUUAAAUUUGGGGGAUCACCAACGCUACCACAUCACAGUAGGACUAUGAGUCCACGACCUCCCUCAGUGAGAGAGAAAACUAGCUCUCUUGGGCUUCUGCGUCCGGCUUCAUCUAUAUAUGACAUUCCUGUGAGUGGUCACCACAGGAAAACUUCAUCCGGUUUAGGAGCUCACAAAAGAGCCUCCUCGGUCUUUCUGUUUCUAUCGAAUAACAUGGAUGCGCCUGUUAUUGAUUCAGAAAAGUUUCAAAACCAAAAGCGUGCUUCCAAGUUUUUUCAAGAUGGAGAUUUAACGAUUAUCGGGGACGAACUAGAUAUUGAAGAUGGCAGUAUAUCGCCGAAGAAAACAAAAGCAGGGCCUGUUGAUGACCUAAUACACUUGAAACCUGAGAAUCCCCAGAGCAAAUUGAAGAGCUUACGUUCUGUAUCGACUCAAAAUUUUAGGAACUUGACUGUACUGAAAAAACUGAAAACCUCAGCUUUCACCGAAGGAAUACGAGAAAUUAGCCCUGAUGAAGCAAUAAAAUCUGCUAAUUUUAGCGGGUGGAUGGCAAAGAAAUCUAGAAGCUCGUUAGGUUGGAGAUCACGAUAUUUCACCCUUCAUGGUACAAGAUUAUCAUACUAUACUUCAUUGCGUGACCGGAAAGAGAAAGGCUUGAUUGAUAUCACGGCACACAAGGUCCUACCAAUUAGUACCGAGGGUGAGAGCACAAAUCCAAAUGACAAAUAUAUUGCUCUCUACGCUUCGCUGACUGGAUUUGGAAGGUACUGUUUCAAGCUUGUUCCUCCAGCUCCUGGGUUCAAAAAAGGGUUGACCUUCACCCAGCCAAAAACACACUAUUUUGCCGUUGAGACACAGGAUGAAAUGCGGGGAUGGUUGAAAGCCUUGAUGACAGCUACUAUUGAUAUUGAUGACUCCGUUCCGGUUGUAAGUAGUUGCAACACACCCACAGUCACAUUAGCUAAGGCUCAAGAAUUGUUGACCAGAGCUCGUGAAGAGACCAAACUCAUGGAUGAAGAGCUAAGAGCAGGUGCGUUUGAGAGAUUGAAUGAAACAGGUGCUGAUACCACGCCCUCUUUCUCACAAAACGACAGUGUAUCGUCAGGAGAGCCUUCUCCCGUGAUCGGUUCAAUGGAUGAAACUACGUUAUCAUCUAGCACCACAGCGAUGGCCUCCAAACAAAAGCAACCCAAAUUGACUCUAGAUACGCAAGUGAAAAAUACUCGCGCGCCUUCGACUCCUCAACCUUCUGUUGGUUCGGGUGGGUUUGCCUCUCCCUAUCUUUUGGCAUCCGGUAUGUUGUCUCCGAAGCCAAACGAAUCCAGUCCCAAAUUUCAAAGAGCCUCCUCGGGUACAAGCACCCCGCAAGCAUCUGUGACUGAACGAAGUAUCUCUUAUGGAAGUACGGAGGGCCUUGGAACCCCUAGGGGCUCUGCUGGAGGAGCUCGUGCAAAAGAUGUAGAGUCAAUUACAACUGCCGGAUCGUCAUUGUCAAAGACCAUGGAAGAAAAGAAAAAAACCGCCAGCGAUAAAUUUGUGGCAUACUCUAGCGAUGGUUCGUUUCCUAUAAAGUCUAAAAAGAAAUGAACUCAAUGUUGUAUAGUUUAUCUCACAACUUGUGCUCAAAUGUUAACGAGGGUAUGGGAUCUGUGUGGCUGCGAAGAUACAACUGAUUUGCAGGUUAAAUCUUAUUUCACUGCAAGAGUUGAUUACUAAUUUGGUAUGCCCAUAAUAAACAAAUUUCAUUUCACGUGUAUUUUCUUUUCCGCAAUCCAAAUUGUCAG